AGGAGUUGCCCACUUCUAUUUAUAUAUAUAUUGAAGGUUUAUCUAGCAACAUUAAAUUUGGCCAUCUUAAUUGGUCUCUCUCUCUCUCUCUCUCUCUCUCUCGCCGAGGAGUUUGGAAACCGAUUGAUUAGGAGAAUGAGCAGACUGAGCAUGGUGGAGGCAGAGUUGCCUCCAGGCUUCAGGUUUCAUCCAAGAGAUGAAGAACUUGUAUGCGAUUACUUGGCCAAGAAGGUGACUGAAUGCUCUGAUCAAUUAUGCUCUCUCUUCAUUGAAGUCGACCUCAACAAAUGCGAGCCUUGGGACAUUCCUGAAACUGCUUGUGUGGGAGGCAAGGAAUGGUACUUCUACAGCCAGCGUGAUCGGAAGUAUGCAACUGGGCUACGAACAAAUCGGGCAACUUCUUCGGGGUACUGGAAGGCCACUGGGAAGGACCGAUCGAUCAUUUGUCAGGAAACCCUAGUUGGGAUGAGGAAAACCCUAGUAUUCUACCAAGGUAGAGCACCAAAGGGUAGAAAAACUAAUUGGGUCAUGCACGAAUUCAGACUGGAAGGUCCCCUUAGUCCUCCAAAAGCUUCGCCUCCGAAGGAGGAUUGGGUACUGUGUAGAGUAGUCCAGAAAAAUAAAGAAGCCGGCGGUGCCAAACAAAGCAUGGAGAGGAGCAACUGUGACGACACGAGCUGUUCAAUGUCUUUGCCCCCAUUGAUGGAUUCCUACGUAAGCUUCGACCAAACCGAUGAAGUUAAGCUGAAGACAUCAAACAACAUUAAUGAGUACGAGUACGAGGACGACGACGAGCAAGUGCCCUGCUUCUCCACUUACCCAUCUUUUCCCCACGUGGAGCCAUUAAUGCCCCCCAGCAGUAGUAUUAUACCCACCAGUAGAACCUUUGGAAAUCAGAUGGAUCCAUCUCAAUCUCCACGCAGUUUGGGCCCCGAAGUCCUCAAAGACGUGUUGGAUCAUCUCAGCAACAUUAAGGCCUCUUCAAGCUCAAGCAUGGGAGAUGGCGGCUUCUUCGGCGAUCUGGCUUUGCCUGCCAUUUGGAACCAUUAUUAUUAUUGACCUCUCCAACUGUAUGGGUCGAAGGAAUAUACCUAUAUGUUUUAAGCCAACCUGCAUGAAAACUAGUAUAUACUUUAUGUUGUAUAUAUGUACGUGUUUCCUACACGAAUUACAUAUUAAUCAUCACCUCAGAAGGUGUUUUAUC